AUGGGACAGCCGAGUGAGGCCAGCACGCAUCCAACGCCCGACUCUCGAACGCUGAAUCAAAGAUUCGUCUACAUCCACGCUAGUAUGCCUCACGACAAACUAAAAUGUCCCUUCCGCGACCACGCAGGCUGCCUCUUUGAAGAAGACAGGCGUAUCAUGCUGCGGGCGAGCGUGGCCGUAGUCAAGCGGUUUUACGAAUUCUACUUCUACGACUUGGUAUGGGAUCCCGAAGACUUCUCCGAGGAGUCCGAGCACGACAAGGUCCGGAUAUACCUCGACUUCUGGUGCCGGCACAAGUUGUACGAGACCCGGUUUCAGCAAGCUACAGCCGCACUGCGCGAAGCAUCUGAGGGGUUGCGGCGGGAUAAGUGGCAACAUGAGAACGACAGAUUCUUAAUGUUUGACGUCGAUGGUGCUCUCAACAAGACUGAUAAGGUUGAAGAGAGGGCUAAAGCUAUGCAAAAGAUCACUCGGGCGUGGGCGGCCACGUUGGGACCCAAACAGAGAGAAACCCUGCGGGAGAGGGCGUUGCAGGGUGACUCUGACUCCCAGCAGUCUGAUUAG